AUGACGAUUAAAGAAGCGACGCACGGCGCGACCGAGGUGCUGUCGCAGCCCACCAAGUGGCUGGGCAUGUACUCUGACUUCAUCACCAAGAACAGCAGCGCAGUUUCACAAAUAGAGUCGGCGCUGCGAUCACUCACAUACAUCAUCCCUGGACGAUUCCGAGAAUCAGAGAUCGCAUCUGAAUCACUGCACUGCGGUGUGCAAUGCCUCUCGUUGUACCAUGACACCCUCCUCGCCAAAGCAAUGGCGCAGAUGCCUGGGACGCGACGACAGCCGCUCACCCCGCACCACCGCUACACCAAGUUCUGGACUGAAAAGUCGCCAACGUACAAACGCAUCGCGACUGUCCUCCAGAUGCUCCAAUUCACUGAACUUUUGUGGGAGAUGGCGGCGAAGAGGAAAGGCGAGAAGAUGAGAUGGCGAGUGGUGGUACUGUUGGAGAUCAUCAAGGCUGUCUGCCGACUGCUGCUGCUCCGGUUGACGAACUCGAGGCCACUUCUAUCGCCACCCCUGCCGCAAAGAGAGAUCGACCCAAGCUCGCUAGAAGACUCGUCGGCUUCUGCAGAUGGCAUGGACACCCCACCGAGUGAACGUUCGGUGGAGGCCGAGAACUGGACCAUGCCGAGGACAGGCCUAUCCAUGCCCAGCCUACCUGAUUCGUCAGACAUCUCGAGCUAUCUCUUGUCCAAGGUGCUUACAGCAGACGAUAUAAAGCCACCAAAGGCUUUGCUCCACCGUGUCAGUGGCAAGGGCGAGCUGGCGGAAGCUCUGUACAUUCUGAGACCGGUCGCGUAUGCGCUAGCCAUGCAGCACUUCAGUGGCGACAGGAAGAGCUGGCGACCAUGGCUGAUUGGUGUGAGCAUCGAGUACGGUGCUAGGCAGCUUGCAAAGAAAGAUUUCCAGGAGCGUCUGGCUGGUGGGCUGCGGGGACUGACUGGUCUCGAAAGGGAAGAGCUGAAGAAGCGUGCUUGGGCACUUGGGUGGUGGACGAUGCGUGGCGCCUUCUACGAGAACAUCACAAAAUCCUGGAUACACGCUAUCACGCGAAAGCUGAAGAGCAAGCCCAUUCUCGACAUUGCCGGCGGUGUUAUCGAGGACUACGAAUUCUUGUGGGACCAGUACUAUUUUUCGACGACCACGUUGUAA